AUGCUAAAGCAACAACAACUACAUAUGCAAGAAGCAACUGCACCUAAUAUUGCAAUUUCACAUUUAACUGCAACAGAACAUGCAACUGCAGCUGCACAUGCCACGGCAACUGCACUUGCGAAUGCAACUAUAAAUAAAACUACUUAUGCAACUGUAACUUUUACUGCAUCUUCACAUAAAACUGCAACUGAAUCUGCAUAUACAACAGACACUAGAACAGCAACUGCAACUAUAACUGCAACUUCAGAUGCAACUGUUACUGCAAAUGAAACUGUAACUAUACAUGCCACGGCAACUUUAACAUUUCUAGCUGCCCUUGUAAACGCAACUAUAAAUGCACAUACGACUGUAACUGCAAAUUCCAUUUUAACUGCCACUGCAACUGAUUAUAGUACUGCAAAAGAAGCUGCAGCUGCACAUCCCACUUUAACUACAGAUGCAUAUAAAACUGCACAUGCACCUGCAACUGCACAUGCACCUGUACAUGACACUGAACUAAAACAGCAAAUAACAUGCAACAGAAACUGCACAUCAACAGUACAAGAAACUGUAAUUGUAAAUUCGACUGCAGAUUUUACUAAAACUGCUCAUGCAAUUAUACCUAGAACAGUAACUGCAACAGUAACUGCUACUGCACAUGCAAGAAGUACUGCACAUGCAACUGUAAAACUGCGACGAGAAAAUUCAACUUUACCUGCAACUGCACAUGACACAGCAAAUACAACUACAAAUGUAAGAAUACCUGUACAGCCUACUGAAACUGCACAGGCAACUUCUACUGCAACUGCACAUGAAACUAAAAAAACUUAUAAAACUACUCAUGCAACUGGAACUGUACUGUACAUGCCACUAAACAUGCCACUGCACCUGCAAUGCAAUAGCAACUCUGCAACACCACAUGCAACAGCAAGUGCACACACAACUGCAACUACAAAUCCAACUGUAAAUGCACAUUCAGCUGUAACAGCAAUUGCAACUUCUAAUGCAACUAGAGCUGGCCCUACAACUGCAAUUGCAACUGCAACGGAACAUGCAAAUGUAACUGCAACUGCCACUGCAUCUGAAACUGUAACUACAACUGCAUAUGCAUCUGCAAACGGAUCUGCAUCUUGA